AUGGCCAGCCAAAAAUUGUGGCUAUUGUACAUAGGAUUAUUUCUCUUCAUACUGGAGCAUGCAGCAACUUCAGAUCCUCCAACCAAACCGGAGGAAGAAUGCCGACUCCUAGGGAAAUUUGAUUUACGUGGCUAUGUAGAAGCUGAAGAAGCCAUGCAUGUUAUAGGAGGCAUGUUCCCUAUACAUUUCAGGACCAUCCUUGAGGAAGAUCCAACAAGUACACCUCCAAAUUCACCAAAAUGUGAGGGGUUUAAUUUUCGAGGCUACCGUUGGGUCAAAGCCAUGAUACAUGCCAUCAAUGAUAUUAAUGAAAGAAAAGAUAUUCUACCAAACAUUACUCUUGGCUAUCAAAUCUAUGACACAUGCUUUACAAUGUCCAAGACAGUGGAGAAUUCUUUGGCGUUCCUCACCGGUCAAAAUGAAACAACUCCUGUCUUCCGAUGCAGUACCGGUGCUCCUUUAUCCGCAAUUAUUGGAGCUGGUGGAUCGACUCUUUCCAUUGCUUCCUCGAGAAUCCUUGGGCUUUACUAUUUCCCUCAGGUUGGUUAUGCUUCUUCUUCCUCACUUCUCACUGAUAAAUAUCAGUUCCCAACUUAUCUCCGUACUAUUCCAAGCGAUAAGGUACAGUCACGGGGGAUGGCUGAUUUAAUUCACCAUUUUGGUUGGAGAUGGAUUGGAACCAUUGCUGCCGAUGAUGAUUAUGGGAAAUAUGGUGUCAAAGCUUUUAAAGAAGCUGUUGAGAACCUCUAUACCUGCAUUGCCUUCUCAGAAACAAUUCCUAAAAUAUAUAACAGGGAGAAGAUCAAAGCAGUUGUUGAAAUUGUAAAAGGCACCAAUGCUACAGUUAUUGUGGUUUACUCUUCUGAUAUUGACUUCCAUCCGCUAGUUGAAGAGCUUUUGAUUAGUAAUAUUACUGGCAAAACGUGGAUAGCAAGUGAGGCAUGGGUCACUUCUGCCUUAAUUGCUAGACCUGAAUAUUUUCCACUUCUUGGUGGGGCAAUUGGCUUUGGGAUACGAAGGGGUGAAAUUCCAGGCUUUCGGGACUUUCUUCUAAAAGUAGACCCAAAUAAGGAUUCCAAUGAUAUGACAAUCGAAUUUUGGCAGUCAGCAUUCAACUGUACCUGGCCUGGUGUCAACAUAUCAUAUAAUACAGACAACCGGAAAAAUGUAACUGGUCACGAGAACAUUGUCGAUUUUUCUUCAGAUAAGUUAUGCACUGGAAAGGAGAAACUUGAAGACCUUAACAAUACAUAUUUGGAUGUUUCAGAACUUAGAAUAACAUAUAAUGUCUACAAAGCAGUUUAUGCUGUUGCUUAUGGCCUCGACAAAUUGCGCCUGUGUGAAACUGAGUCUGGCCCCUUUACUGCUGAGCCAAAAUGUGCCACCAUAGAUGAGUUUGAGCCCUGGCAGUUAAUGUACUAUAUGAAGCAUGAGAUGAACUUUACAGUUUUGGAUGAGUUUGUAAGCAUUAAUACCAAUGGGGAUGUCUAUACACCAUAUGACAUCCUAAAUUGGCAGAUGAAUGAAACUGGAGCAAUCAAUUUUGUAAAAGUUGGAACUUUUAACCAGACAGAUGAACACAAUAUAGAAUUUCAUAUAUUUAAUGAUUCAAUAUUUUGGAACAACCCAGAACGAUCAAGACCACGUUCGGCAUGCAAUAAUAAUUGCCAACCUGGGUAUCGUAAGGGAAUCUUGCAAGGGAAACCUUCAUGCUGUUAUGAUUGUAUACGGUGCGCAGAAGGACAGUUCAGUAACCAUACAGAUGCAAGGGAAUGUACAGCAUGUCCCGAAGAUUAUUGGUCCAAUACCCGAAGAAGCAAAUGUGAGCAUAAGCUAGUGGAAUUCUUGGCUUAUGGAGAAGCUUUAGGAAUGACAUUGAUUGCCCUCUCUGUAUUUGGCGCAUGUGUCAUUCUAUCUGUGACUGGAGUCUACAUCAAGUUCAGGAAAACACCUCUGGUGAAAGCCAACGACCGUGAGCUCAGCUUCCUCAUCCAGUUUUCUCUCAUCGCAACCUUGUUGACUUCUGUUCUCUUCGUGGGGAAGCCAGAAGAUUGGUCAUGCCAAUCUCGUCAAGUAUCCUUGGCCUUGGCUUUUUCUGUUUGCCUGUCUUGUGUUUUAGGAAAGACAGUGAUGCUCUUUCUAACUCAUUUGGCCAGAAAUUCAAAAGUGGCUGAGAAAGCCCGGAUGUCAGUUGGACCAAUUUUCCAAAAAGUGGUGGUUGUUGUCUCUGUUCUAGCUGAAGUGGGCAUCUGUACUGCUUACCUUUAUUUUAGCCCUCCCAGUAUGUAUAAAAACACCCAGUUUACAACCCUGAAAAUUAUUUUUGAAUGCAAUGAGGGUUCAAUAAUGUACUUGUGCAUUAUGUUUGGGUUUGAUGUGUUUCUCGCCAUCCAGUGCUUUCUCACAGCUUUUGUGGCCCGGAAACUUCCCAAUAACUUCAAUGAAGCCAAGUUUGUUACAUUUGGAAUGCUGGUUUUCUUCAUUGUCUGGAUAUCUUUUGUUCCUGCUUAUUUAAGCACAAGAGGGAAAUUCAAGGUAGCUGUGGAGAUAUUUGCAAUUCUGGCCUCCAGCUUUGGUUUGCUAGGGUGCAUAUUUGUGCCCAAAUGUUAUAUUAUUUUGUUGAAGCCUGCCAGAAAUACAGAAGAAAUUGUGGGUGGCAGGGCUAUCACCAAUGACAAGAGUGCUCCACCAACCUCUGCCUCUUGUGCCAGUGAAAUUAACACAGUUUCCACAGUUCUUGAGGAUUAG